CUCUAUUAGAGGACUGACACUAGGGCGCAGGGGAAGCAUGGGGGGGGCUGUCCAGCAUUCAGGUCUGGAACCUUGAGAGGCACGAACCCCUCGAGCUGCCCUCGAACCUGUGCUCGCGCCACCCUCGUCUGUCUUAGCUUCCUCCCCCGCUCUUCUAGUCCCCCCUGCCUUUACCUUGGCCUUUGCUCGCCUGCAGUACGGUCCUGAGCGUUCCGGCCGGCAGCCCAACCCGCCCAGAGCUCGCGCCUCCCCACGCACCCGAGCCGCGGGGGAGGAGGAAAAGGAAGGCGCGCGCGGGGGGGUGGAGGGGUGGGUAAGGAAAGGAGGGUCUCCGUCUUGCGGGGGCAAUGGUGACGGCCCAGGAGGAACCCUCCUCGGGGCACGGGAUGAAGCCCAGCCCUCAGCCUGAGGGGGGCGUCUCCUCCCAGCCAGCCAAGGGACUCGAGAUGCCUGCGGACGGGGAGGUGAAGGGGUCCCCGGGGCGGACCAUGCCCGAACCCCCCGAGGGCGGCUGGGGCUGGGUGGUGAUGCUCGCGGCCAUGUGGUGCAAUGGAUCGGUGUUCGGCAUCCAGAACGCGUGUGGUGUGCUCUUCGUGUCCAUGCUGGAGACCUUCAACUCCAAAGACGACAAGGCGAUGGUAUUCAAGACAGCUUGGGUGAGUUCUUUGUCCAUGGGAAUGAUUUUUUUCUGCUGCCCUAUAGUGAGUGUGUUCACAGACAUAUUUGGAUGUCGCAAAACGGCUGUUGUUGGAGCUGCUAUAGGAUUCAUUGGACUUAUGUCUAGCUCUUUUGUAAGCUCCAUCGAGCCUCUGUAUCUCACAUAUGGAAUUAUAUUUGCCUGUGGCUGCUCAUUUACAUACCAGCCAUCGUUGGUCAUUUUGGGACAUUAUUUCAAGAAACGCCUGGGACUGGUGAAUGGCAUUGUCACUGCUGGUAGCAGCGUCUUCACAAUAUUACUCCCUUUACUUUUAAGGGUUCUGAUUGAUAAUUUGGGCCUGUUCAAUACACUCAGAGUCUUAUGCAUCUUCAUGUUUGUCCUGUUUCUCGCUGGCUUUACCUACAAACCCUUUCAUAGUGAUGCCAAAUAUAGAGACAAUGAGCAAAAAGGAGAGAAGAAAUUCUUUCUCUUUUCCAAGAGAAAGUUCAGCCCUCCCAAAAAGAUUUUUAAUUUCUCCAUCUUCAAGACCAAAGGUUAUUCAGUCUGGGCUUUUGGAAUUCCACUUGCACUUUUCGGGUAUUUUGUGCCUUAUGUUCACUUGAUGAAUCAUAUAAAAGAGAGAUUUGCAGAUGAAUCAAAUAAAGAAGUAACUCUAAUGUGCAUUGGAAUCACUUCAGGAGUUGGACGACUGGUCUUUGGCAGAAUUGCAGACUUUGUGCCUGGUGUUAAAAAAGUUUACUUACAGGUCAUCUCAUUUUUGUUCAUUGGCCUGAUGUCUAUGAUGAUUCCACUGUGUAAUGUCUUUGGGGCACUCAUAGCUGUCUGCCUUUUCAUGGGUCUCUUUGAUGGAUGCUUCAUUUCUAUCAUGGCACCCAUUGCCUUUGAGUUAGUUGGUGCCCAGGAUGUCUCCCAAGCUAUAGGAUUUCUGCUUGGAUUCAUGUCUGUACCAAUGACUGUGGGCCCACCUAUUGCAGGUUUACUUCGGGAUCACUUAGGUUCUUAUGAUGUGGCCUUCUACCUUGCUGGGGUCCCACCCCUGUUGGGAGGAGCUGUGCUUUGUACAGUCCCAUGGAUCCAUGAAAAAUGGAAACAAAAAGAAAUGAGCAUCAAGGGAGAGGAAAAGCUGGAGAAAAUGUUGGAGAACCACUACUCCCGAGUUCAUCAGGGAUAAAUAAAGACUCUGAUCCUGUUUUGUAAUGCUCUGGGCUUCUGUCAGACUGGACUUGCUUUCCAAAGUUACAGCAAGUUUUCUUUUUUAUGAAUUGGAAAUUUAAAAAAAAAAUAGCAUUAUAGGAAUAACACUAGAAUGGUAAAACAAGAUCAUUACCUAGCAAGUAUCCUUUCUUAACAUUGAAUAAUAGCUUUCUGACAUUUCUGAGACCUAGGGCAAGAACUUUGGUACUGAGGGAAAAAAAGACAUAAAAUCAAAUCACAAUUGUCUAUGAGAAAAAUUUAGGCUUCUCACAAGAAAAUCAAAUUCUGGAAAUUGUGGAAGCUACUUAGCAUGUAUAAAGAUUAUAAAAUACCUCAAGCUAGACUGAAGGGUUGCAGUCUGAUUAGGACCAGAAAUCUUUUUUGGUCUCUAAACUAUGGUACUGAUCAGUUCUGGUAUCUCUGUUUUUAACUUCUUGUGCUAUGUUAAAUAAUUAAGAAAAAUAAAGCAUAGAUCUUAGCCUUCCCCGGAAGAUUGAUACUUAAAUUCUAUGCUUUGCUGCUGAUAAGUUAUGAAAUGUGUUCAUAUUCCCGAACUUCUUCCAGUGUGAAUUCCUGUUUUUGAGCCAAAAGAGGCCUUUAAUGGGGCAAGAGCUGAAAUGUAUGCACACUAAAUAUGUAAGGCACAAAUAUCACCAGUGCUCUUACAAACAAAGUGGUGCAGAAUUCAGCCAUUUCUUUUAUAUUCCUCACUGUAUGCCUACAGUGUGUUUUAACACUUGAAUGGCCUGUAAUUUGCAGGGUCUAAAAAAAUAAACUCCCAACCCAAAUUAACAGAAGAUUUGAAAUCACAACCCUAAGUACAAUAGAAUGAAUUAGAGAGAACUUGCUAACUUGUAUUUUAAAUUCUUUUGCUAUUCUGGGUCUACUACGUCCAAAAAGGUGAUUAUUUUCUUUAGAGGCAUGUUAAGCAUGCACCAAGCUGCAGUUGUACGCACAAAUAGACAAAAAUCUUAUCUUCAUGCAGUUUCCAUUUCUAAUAGAACUAAUUGCUUAAAGUCUUGUCUAUGAAUGUAAUGGGUCUGUUUGUGACUUGAAAUCAUUUGUCAAACAAUUUUACAUUCCCAUAACUGUGUGAAAAAAAAAAAAUUCAAUGUCUGUCUUAGUUCCCUUUCUAUUAACAUUCCUGCCACCUAUGCCCUAAAAACAAAAUGCUAAAAUGCUAAAUGCUAAUGCUAAAAUAAGUUAUCACUUUUUAAAAAUAGUAUCUUUAUUUUUCAAAAUACAUGCAAAUAUAGUUUUUCAAUAUUCACCUUUACAAAACCUUGUGUUCAUAUUUUUCUCCCUCUCUACCUUCCUCCUCCCCUAAAUUGCAAGUAAUCCAAUAUAGGUCAUAAAUAUGUGUAAUUCAGCUAAACAUAUAUCCACAUUUCUCAAGCUGCACAAGAAAAAUCCGAUUUUUAAAAAUGCAAGGAAAAAACAAACAAGGAAACAACAACAACAACAAAGGUGAAAAUACCUUUAUGAUCCCCUUCAUCAAAAGUCUCUUAGAGUUGGCCAGCAAUUUAUUACUUAUUCACAUUAAAAACAAAAUUAAAACCUUUUCCCCUCACCCUCAAGAUUAGUCUAUAUUUUUUGUUUAGUUUAAGUCAUUGCAAAUUAAUGUUGAAGAUGUAGUUAAAUACUAGAUUUGUAUCCAAAUAAUUUUGGAUAUACAUUAAGAUCUUCCUAAGAGAUAGCUUUUGUGCACCUGGAAAGAUUGUGCCUGUAUUUGCCAAAUGAAUUUCUUCCUUUCUCAAGUAUGAUUUGGCUCUAUCUUUUUCUAAAUCCUCAAAUUUGCUCAUCUUGGGGGAGGGAGUGGAUUAGGAAAUGAAAGUCUUAUAGGUAGAGGGAUUCAGAAGAGUGAAAAUUGUUCCAAUUCUCUUCCCUUCUCAGUUUAGGUACAAAGAAGGUAUUUUCAGAGUAGAAAAACAUGGCUAGAACUAUCAGAAAGAAUGAUAAAUUGUGUGGACGAUUUGUUAUCUUUUGGGUGAAAGAGGUGUGGUUGUAAAUUGAAGUUUUGUGGAAAAUUGAGUAGUUUUCUUCUAUUUUUUUUGGCAGUAUUUUACUUACUAUCUGACAACUUGAAAAUUCAAAAUACAUACUUAUUAAUUAUAAUACUUUAUUUUAAUAGGAUUUUAAAUGAUUUACAGCAUAAUGGCAUUCUCUUAGUUAUUUAAGAUGAAACUUUCAUUCUUUUAUAAUUAUUCAGUUACAAAUAUAAUGUUUAUGCAAAAUGCUGUUAAACAUACUGGUUUAUUUUUCAUUUUUUCUCUAGGUCUUUAUAUUUCAGUUAAAACAAUCAACCAUAUGUCCUUUGUUCAUAUUGCCCUCUGCUUAUAGGUAAAACUAUUUCAUAAUUAUGCAUAAUUACAUUUAAAAUAACAAUCUCUUUAUUCAUGUCCUGUUUCUUUGGCAAUGUGGAGUGAUACUUUUUUUACUUGAAAAAUGUUUUUGAAAGAUCUACAGAAACACACACAAUCAAGACCAACCAUAUUUUUGCCAACAUAAAGUUUAUUUUCCAAUUAUCAUAAGAUUUGAGCACAAUCCAAAAAGUAUUAUACCAAACUGGCCAGUCUUUACAAAGUAAUUAGAUAUCUGCAAAGGCAAAAAUUCACUCCACAUGAGAUUCAAAACCUUUCACUAUUUUACAAUUUGGCUAGUUUUGGAGAAACAGUUGACUAAAACCUGAAGAAAUGGACUUUCCUCCUCUUCGAUUUUCCAUGUUAUCAAAACAGCUAAAUCAUCUAAAUGUUUGUAAUAAAAAGAAUAAGUUUUCAGCAAUGUUGUGUCUUUGUGUGUAUAUUGCAUAUACAUAUAUAAUUUUUUAUAUAGUAGCAUUAACUAUAAUGGAAGUAUAACAUGGAUUAAUGCUAAAUGUUUUUUAAAAAAUUUAUUGCUAUCAACGUAUGAUAAAAGUUAUUGUUCACUAAAGAACAAAAGCUAUUUUUAUAUCAUUAUAAGAGCUGAUACAUUUUUAAAGGAACAACUUAUUAAGUGUAAGAAAAUGUAGAAAGUAGCCCCAAGAUAUAAAUGGUCUGAGAUAUAAAGACUCCGAAAGUUAAAGGUUAUGACAAAUAGAUACAAAUUCUUUAUGAAAGUUUCAAACUAAGAGAUUAUUUUAGGAUUUUCUUUAAAAUAAAUCAUAAUUUUUAAAGAGAUACGAAUAAUAUACUGCAUCAAGGGGGCCUAUUGUGCUUUGUUUAUUUUAUUUUGUACAGACACAUUUAGAAAAAGGCCCAACGCUAGAAUUUUUUGGUCUUUUUUCCUCUUCAUUCUCUGAUUGGGCACUUAAAUGUUCAAAUCAUAUUGGGAGAUGAGGAAAAGAAGUUCUUUAAUUUUACCCAAAAAAGUGACUCUAGGGCCAGUUUCUGGAUAGUAGAUGCCAAAGUAUAUCAAUUCUUUUACAUAUAAUAUAAAUGGCACUUGGGAGGAAAAUGGUCAUCCCUUCAUUUAGUUUUAGAAAAUUUUCUAUAAGCUUUUGGGACCUCUGGAUUAUGAUUGCAGCAUUCCUUGAACAGCAGUAUUUUAAGAUUUAUAACCUUACAUACUUUUUUUUGCAUACAUAAUAAAGGUAAAAAUUUUUUUUUCUAUCUUUAGAAACACAGAUAUGACAGUUACCCAAGUUUUAAUUUCUAUUCAUCACCAAAAAAUGACUCACAUGUUGUAUUACACUCUCCCAUAAAUAGAUAAAGCUGAUUAGAUGCAAUCUAUCCAAAUUUAGAGAAACCUUUUAUGUCCACUGACAAAACCUUUGAAUAUUAGCUUUGACUUAACCUAAGUAUGAUUAAGAGUUAAAAUAUCUUUCUCCUUAAAUCUCAGAAAUUGCUGGUGUAAAAUAUCAGUAAUGGGACUAUUUUUUUAGGUAUAGGGUUUUUUUUUUUUUUCCUACUUUACUCUCAGAAGUCUAAGGUAAAAAUGACAUUGAAUUACAAGCUAGUUUCAAAGCCAGAAAGAUGUGAGUUCAAUUCCUGCCUCUGAUACAUGCUAGAUUUGCAAACCCUGGACAAUUUAACUUAACUUUUCAAUUAUCCAGGAAACACUUUUAAAAACAAACAAACUUAUUUCCCCCAUUUACAUGUAAACAUUUUUUUAAUAUUAAUUUCUUAAAAUUUUUGUAUUCAAAAUUCUCAGCUUUCUACUCUGCCUUCUUUUUCCUCUCCUCUUCCCCCAGUACUCUCUCUCAGGCCAAGUGAGAAAGCAAGCAAUUUCACAUAGGUUAUGCACACUAGGCAACCCUCUUAAAAGCAUAAAUUACAGAAAAGGGCUUACUUGCAUUUAUAGAGGUCACCAGGAAGUUCCCUAGAUUAAUGAAGUCACAGAUUCAGUCCCUAUCCUCAGAAGUAACUCCAUAUUUAUAUUACUAGUGUAUUCCUGAUAGAAAAAUUUCCUAUUAUAUCUAGUUUUGAAAUAACUUAAAAUUUUAAAAUAAUAUAUGUAAAUGAUUUUUUUGGAAGCAAAUUCUUCAUUUAGCUUGUAAAUGAGGCAGGAUAUUAUAAUGGGGAAAAUGACUGAAUCUCCAAGGAUCUAGAUUUGAAUUGCUGCUUGGUACCUCUGCUUUACUGUUGUGUGUUAUCUUUGGACAGUUAUUUAACCUCUCGUCCAUCAUUUUGUCAUCUAAGAAAUAAGAAGAUUAUCUUGGAUUGGAUUCUUAAUGUGAGUCCAUAAACUUUUUAAAAAAAUAUUUUAUGACCUUCUAUAUAAUUUGUUUCUUUUGUACUCCUAUGUGUUUUAUUUUAUUCACUUAAAAAUAUUAUUCUGAAAGGAUAUCCAGAGGUUUCAGCAGACUGCCAGAAAGGGUCAUGAUACACCAAAGAUUUAGAAUUCCUGUUUUAAAUGUUCUUCAGUUUCUUCCAUCUCUAAAUUCUAUUGGCAAUGCUGUGAACUCCUAUAUAUUACUCCCUUUUUAUCCCUAUUGCAUUUCCUACAUUUGUGUGGACUUCAUAUUUUUAGCUCAUUAGAAAGCGUUUUUAAAAGUUUUUUUAGUAGCUUUGAUUUAGAUAACCUAUGUCUUAAGUAGCAAUGAAGCAGCUGGUGGUGAAUUUUUUUUUUUUUUAAUCAUCAAAACCUCUUUCUUUCCUCUAUUGACAUGUUUUCCUAUUGAUUAUUUUCCUUCUUUUCCUUCAAAAAUGACCACUAGUUUAUCCUUCCUUAUAAUGAACAUUGUUUAGAUUUUGAGGUUUCUGAUCUAGCUUUGGAUUAUGCAACCAUGAUAGAGUUUGCUAGAGGACUCCAAAAUUUAACUUAUGGAAAAUUGAAAAGGAUAAGAAUGGCUAGGCUAAUAUAAACCAUUAAAUAGUCUAGGGAAAGGAUGACAUUGUGAACAUGUUUUUUGUUGGCCAUAAAAGAAUGCAUUUUAUUAAUAUUUUUAAAUGUUUCAAAGUUUCGUAAUACAAGCCUUUGGUCUAAAUAUUUUUCUACAGCACCUUUUGUUAUUAUAUCCCAUUGUAUUUUUCUUAUGAAGGCAGCCUAGUAAAGCAGGAAGCUAGGUGACACAGUGUUAGCUGUAUGACCCUGUCCUAUGUCACUUAAUUUCUAUCUCAGGUUCUUCAUCUAUAAAAUGUAUCUUUUGUGAAUUGUGAGGAUAAAUGAAAUAUUUGUAAAGUGUCUGGCAAAUCUUUUUAUUUCCUAUCAAAGCUAGCUAUUAUUAUAUCCCAUUGUAGCCACACUGAGAGGUUGCCUGGUGUAAAAGAGUACAGUAUCUGAAAUCAGAGGUGGCUGGAGUCCAAAUUUAAAUCUGAAUUCUACUACUUUUUAGAACACCUCUGUGACCUUGGGUAAUGUAUCAUUUAAACUUUUGGCCAUCAUUUUCUAAUAUAUAAAACGAGGGAAUUCUAUGAUCCAUAAUCUUGUAUACUCAGUGCUUCACAUUUGAUGGGCUUUGACUAUAUAGGUUAACUAAAUUCCCUUGAAUAAACAACCAAGUAGAUGAAAGUUAUGCUAAAUUCCAUUCCAUAGUGCAUGGAUAUCUUAGUGUAAUACUAGUGUAAAACAUCAACUCAUUUAUUUUUCAGAAGCAUAAAUUAUAAAUAUACAAAUUGGCUUAAGACUUUAGCAACUCUUUCAUAAUAGAAAAAAUAUUAAAUGGAAAUUUAAGUUACUUUGAAUUUUAAAAAAAUAUAGUAAAUUAUAAUACUCGAUCUUUCAGUGUUACUGGUAUACAAAUUGGAGGCAGAUAUUGUUAUAUUAGAAUAGCUUUUGUUUUUCUUAUGUUCUCAAUUAGAGUUGAAGUAAAAGGUUGAAAGGUGGAUCUUGGUUGAUUAAAACAAAAUACUUUCCAAAAAAGGAAUUUACAAUAUAAUUUGAAAGAAUUGUGGUAUCUAUGUUAGAGUUUCCCCUGCAGUAGUAUUAACAACCAUAAAAGCAUCAUCUGCAUUUUUAAAAAAUUAAAAACAUAAUAUAGUACUCAAUCUUGGGAAAUUUCACUACCUUAGUAGCUUGAUAAGUGAUCACUAGUAUUGCUUUUCAGUUCAACAGUUGUAUUGGUAAAGACGAUUUUUGGAAGAUUUAGGAUAUUUCUGACAGAAACAUCAAUGUUGACAGCAAUAAUUGGGACUAUUUGAUUUUCAAUUUGUAGGUUUGUAUUCACUUCUGGCCAAAAUAGUGCACAUUUCUUGACAUUUCAUGAAUAUUAGAGGCUAAUGUUUUGUAGGAAACUAAGUUUUUUUUGUCUUAUACUUUCAGCAACAAAAGGGAAUGUUCAUAGUUAUUUUCAUUGCUGGCAUUCAAAUUGCAUAAUCAUACAAUGUUAGACAACUCUUCCUGUGAAAAUAAAUAUCCAUAAAAAUAUUCACUGUUACACUUUUGUUGCGCAAAUUUGAUUUAAAACUUAGUUGUUAGAAAAUCAAAUAUAGGGGCAACUAGGUGGUGCGACCCGAGUUCAAAUCUAGUCUCAGACACUUAACACUUCCUUGCUGUGUGACCCUGGGCAAGUCACUUAACCCCAAUUGUCUCAGCAAAAAAAAUAAAAUAAAACAUAAGGUUUGGUUUUUGCAAAAAACAUGGUAAAUUUCCUCUUUAUACAUAUAUGUGUAUAUAUGCUUUUUUGGUAGUAGAAAUAUAUCUCAUCAAGGAAUUUUAACAUUUCCCCUUUUGUAAUUUCUGUUACCACACCUCUGGAGAUAUCCCUCUUUUUAAAAAACUUAACAUUAGAAGAGAGUGUAGAUUUCCUUCAUUUCUAAAAGAUUAACUAGUGCAUUAUAAUGCUAUUUCUAACCAAUUUAGAAAGCCAUCUGGACUUAAAUGUAACGUUUUCUUAGCACAUAAUCAUGGACAAUCAUUAUUGACUACCUCAGCUUACAGAAUCAAGCUGAUGCUAUUUCAUAAAUUUGACUUCAAUAUAAGAGAUUCUUAAAGAGAGUUUCACAUUUUGUCAGUACCCUAUGUUUUAUGAGUGUUAGUGACUGACCCAUUUUGGCAAAUGAAAAUAGGGACAAGCAACUACUAUGUCCUUUGAAAUUAACCGAAGAAGAGAGCUAAUUAAUGAACAUAACAUAGUAAUGACUCAUUUAUAAAAAUGUAUUGCCAAUGAGAAGAUUGUUAGUGCCAGGCUAUAUUUGACAAUUUGUUAUCCUUGCUAGGAAAAUAGAAAGUAAAUGACCAUGGUUGUGCCUUAUUGAUCAUUUUGGAGUCUCCCUAUGGGAAACAAUCAUCCCUUUCCUAGGUGGGCCAGGAAUCAUGGCAAAGAAAGUUUUUAUUCCUGGUGCCUUUAAAAAAAUUGGUAAGCAUGUUGCAUUUAUGGAGAUGGAAUUACCAUUACUUAAUCCAAUUAUAGAAUUCCUCUCAUCUUUCACUAUGAAUGGGAUAGGAAAAAUAAAGUUUUCUUUAAAGUACUGAAUUUUAGUAAGAACAUAUAUUGCUGAAAAUGACUAUUAAAAUCUGUUAAAAUGACUAUUAAAAUCAAAUUAGUUCUGUGUAAAUAUCUCAGAGUAUAUAAUCUCAGAGUAUAUAGGACAUAAAGAGGGCAUCUAUCAAAUGUUUGUUAAUGUGUGGAAGUAUUUAAACAAAAAUUUUAUUAUAUACUUUUCCUGACUUUUAAAAAAUUCCUCUUGUACAUGUGCUAAUUUGUCAGUGAUAGAUCCAAAUGACUAUCUAAUGACAACUAAGUUGGCAUCAGUUUAUUUCAGGGACCCAAUGUUUAUUAUUAGUAUUAUAUUUUAUUAAAGAAUUUCUUGACAAAAACAGAAAAACUAUCCCUACAGAUCAUGUUCUCACUUUGCUCUUGGCUUACGAAUGUUCAACUUUUUUCACCAAAGAAAGAUUAAAUUACUUUUGGUGCUGAACUUAAUGUUCCUUUCAAAAUGUUUUACUUUUAUGUAUUAUAGAAUUAAGCAUGUGAAGCUUAAAAUACCAUUCUAAUUAAGUGUAUCUUUGUAUUGUAUUGUAUUAUAUUGUGUUGUAUAUUCUCACCUGUUAGACUUGAGAAGGUUCAGCACAAAGCAUAUUACCAGUUUUAUGUAUUGUAUUUUAUAUAUAUGUAUACAUAUAUAUAUAAAACAUGUAAUUUUCAUUGGUUUUAAACUUCAGAUACAGAAUCACUACAUGAACAUUUUAAAAAGUAGUGAAUGAUCUUUCUUUGUAGUCAAAUUGUACUCGAAUGAUUGCCAAGAAAAAAGCCUUGUGCCAGGAUACCAACUAAAGUUGGCACAUUUUGGGUACAAAUUAGGUACUUUAAUGAAACUAAAGUUGAAAAAAGGUACUUUAUAACUGUGUGUUUACGAAAUGAUUUCCUUAACAUUCUACAUCCCUUUAAAAAAUAUUUCCAAGAAGGAGUAAAAAAAUACUUUAGUACUCAUUCCCAAAACUUGGACAAAUAUGUUUUACCCCCGGGCCUGGAGGUAUAUUUGCAUUAUUAUGUUUAAGUUCCCAUUGAUAAUGUCAUUUGUCAUCUGUCCUUUGACUCUUUAAUUAAUUGUAACUGCAUCUAGUUAAGAAGAAUGGUCAGCAGUACCUCCAAGUACUCUCAAGUUAGUGAUUACAAAGAAAUAUUGCUGGCUGUUUCACUCCCACUGACAAUUGUUGCUGUCAGUCUAAUUCCUUGGGUUGCCUCACACACUUUGGGGGUCAGUCAAUAAGCAUUUAUUAAGCACCUACUCUGUGCUAUACUAAGCAGUGUGCGAGAUUCUGGGGGAACAAAGAAAAGCAAAACACAUUCCCUGCCCUUCAGAAGCUCACUUUCCUUUGCCUAAUGCAAACAAUGAGUAAGUAAAAGGUGGUCUAUCCAUUCCAUAGGCAUAGAAAGGACAGGUGGUCCAAAUCUGUGCCCUCAUGAUUAAACUUAACUAGUUAAUAUAAUUAUUUCUAUUACUACUAGGUUGUAUCUGAAAGGGAAAAACAAGAACUUCUCAACCUAAGGAUGCUAAUGAGACCAAACAUUACAGCCUCUAAUGUGUAACUUUGCUUAGAACAGGCUUAGAUAAAAGUGUAUUUUUGUAAUUAUGCCUUUUCAACUCAAAGGCUAGAGCUAGGAUAAACAGAACCCUGCAGUAUUAUUCAAAUAGAAAAUAGUUUUGACUUUGUUUAUUUUAGACUUCUUGUAUAAUGCAAAGUUUUUAUGUUAUUGCCUUGUUUUGUAAUAUCUGAAGAUUUGUUUUAUUCUACAUAUCUUGAAAUUAGUAGGAAAAUUUGUCCAUAGGAAAUCACUAAAUACUAAUAUUACAUGUAUGUGCUAUAGCGAUGCAUCCCUACUUUUCUCACUGCCUAUAUAGGAUGCUAUUUUGGACAUAAUUGUUGUUUAAAUAUAGAACUCUGUGCUUGAAUUAUAUGCUGAAUUUGAUCCUACAAUGCUCUGUAGUUUAAUAUUUGCUAUUUCAUAUUUUUAAUGACUUUGUUUUUAAGGGUAUGAUUUGUGACCCAUUUUUAUAUGCAAUUGAUUGUAGAUUUUGCAACUUUUUUUCAAAAACAAAAUAAGCUUUUUAACAAUUUGAAGAUUAAUGUACUUCAGAGGAAAAAUGUGAAACUUUGGUCAAUGCAAUAAAAUUUUUAAAAAUUAA